AUGACUGAGCGACUCGACAGACAUGAUCGCCGUCUUCGUGCGAUCGAGAAUCAUUUCCAUAUCCGCCGGUCACCUACUCCGACACUUCAGCAUGAGGAGGGGCAUAUUGCCAAGGUUGCCAAAUUUGUCAAAUCUGGGACAACUUUUAAGAAGAAAGCCAAGAAGAUCCGGACCAAAGUUACCUUCCAUCGUCCUAAGACAUUGAAAAAGGACGGGAACCCGAAGUACCCACGCAUCAGUGCUCCUCCUAGGAAUAAGUUGGACCAUUAUCAGAUUCUCAAAUAUCCUUUGACUACUGAAUCUGCCAUGAAAAAGAUUGAAGAUAACAAUACCAUGGUAUUCAUAGUUGACAUCCGUGCUGAUAAGAAGAAAAUCAAAGAUGCAGUGAAGAAGAUGUACGACAUACAGAUCAAGAAAGUGAACACUAUGAUCAGGUCUGAUGGAACAAAGAAAGCAUAUGUUCGGUUGACUCCAGACUACGAUGCUUUGGAUGUGGCAAACAAGAUUGGAAUAAUAUAA